CUGUGUCAGUUACGGAAGAAACAGAAGAUAAACUGUCAACUAAGUGGAGAGCUGUUCUUGAAACUGCAUUCUGUUUCUGCAAAUAGCAUAGAAUUCCAGCAGCCUGCUUGUGUUCACUCAGCUGAUGGGGCACAUGCAUGUCCUUCUUUCAUUAGGAUGUAUCGUCGUUACCCCGGAAACCAUUAACAGCAGCGUAUCAUAUUUUCUUGGCUUUUGUUGUGUACUGAAUAUUUUAAAUGGCCAGACCUAGAGAAACGUAGGGAAACGGAGGUGUGCAGUAAAGGUGCUAUUACAGGAAGAAGGAAGAUUGCUGCUCUGAGAGCUGACAGCACAGGUCAGACAGUUAUGAGACAUCCUAACCACUGCAUCCGUAAUUAGGACUUUACUUGCAGGUGGGAAGACGGCAGGCCCUCAGCUACCAAGUGGAUGUUAGUGUUUGUCAGCUGCUAUUGCUGUUUAGCCAAAAGAGAACUGCUUGAAAUGCUCAGAUGAACAGGCAGCCUUGGUGCUAGCAGCUUCACUAGGACUACUGGGACAACUUGGCGUGCAUGUUUUUUCUUGAAUGUUUCAAAAAACCAAAAGGGCUCGCAGUGGCAUGCCUAGCUCUGCCACUGUCGUACGACAAGAGAGAUUGAAGAAGUCUUCUACGAGGCCUAAUCCCCCUGGUUUAUUUACUAUUAAUGAAGAGGAUGAGCAGCAAAAGAAUGGCAAUUCCAGAAGAUCAAAAGGAUUGACAAGAAAUGGGAAAAAAUCUAUUUGCUGGUACUGUGGAGAAGACCUGCUGUUGUUGAGUCUAAUGUGUCUUCACUGCAAUGAGAGAAGUGUAAGUCAAGUGCUGAUGACUGGUCGUAAUCGAGAUGGACGCUUGGAUUCUAUGCCUGCAGCCUCUGAAGAUUCACCAGCUUCAGCAGAAGACAAGAAAGUUCCAUCUCCCAGUCACGCAGCCUCUAGUCACAUCAGCAUUUCAGGAAGUGAAAACGCCUCUGAAGAUUCACCAGCUCCAGCAGAGGACAAGAAAGGCCCAUCUCCCAGUCACGCAACCUCUAGUCACAUCAGCAUUUCAGGAAGCAAAAAAGAGUUAACAUUAAUGAAAGCUGAUGAGAAACAGAAGCUUGCCAAGGAACGUAGGGAUGAACUUGAAAAACAGUUUGCUGCCAGGGAGGCUGUGUGGCUAGAAAGAAAAGAACGAGCAAGGCAGCACUAUGAGCGACACCUGGAAGAGCGCAAGAAACGGCUUGAAGAACAGAGGCUAAGAGAAGAAAGGAGGCGAGCUGCUGUAGAGGAAAAGCGCAAACAGAAGUUUGAAGAAGAUAAGGAGCGCCAUGAAGCUGUUUUACGUCGCACAGCUGAGAAAGGCCAGAAGCCAAGACAGAAACAAAAUCGAUGGUCCUGGGGAGGAACACUUCAUAGUAACAUGAGCAGAAGCAGCACAGGUCUUUUUGUUGCCUCAUCAGUCACCUGUCUGGAUUUUGCAAGCCUGGAGCACCACUUCAGAGAUGUGGGUGGUGCUUGCAAAGAUGAUGCAGACAGGCGGUCAGUUUCAACAAUGAACCUUACGAAAUAUGUUGAUCCCAUCAUAAACAAGCGUCUUUCCUCCUCAUCUGCAACAUUAUUAAAUUCUCCUGACAGAGCUGUUAUGAGAAGCAUUUCAUUCUCUGUAAGACCUUGCUCUAAGGCUCGUUGUUCUUUAUCUCGAGGAACGUGUACUAUGGAUCCUAAAACAGCUCGUCGUCUACAGCUCACUCCCUGGGAGAGCAACAUUGUCACUAGACUGUUGACCCCCACGCACUCAUUCCUAGCUAGAAGUAGAAGCACAGCCACCUUGUCUGGAGAUUCAGUCAUCCCCAUUUGUCCUCGUUCAGCAUCUUGCAGUCCCAUCACCCCUCCAUCUCACAAGACAGUCCGCUGUAGAAGUGUAGAAAGGCCAAAGGUCGUUGUUACAGCAACAGAUGUUGGGCACAGGAAAUCAACAUACUCGCAGUCGAUUGAUAAAAAGGAAAAAGACAGAGAAAAUGAGCGUGAACGACAUGCACUUUUAAGUCCUUCAACAAUUACAGUGGCUACUUUAAAGCGAUCACUUUCUCCAUCACAAAUGAAGCCUAGAUCACUAAUGCCCUCUCCAGUCCGGGCCCCUCCUCGAACGCCUCCUCCUACAGUAUCUAGCACACCCAGGCAAAGCAUUUCCUCACCUACAGGAAUAAAAGUUUCACCUGUCCAGAUCCGCCCUCCUUCUCCUGGUAAUGUUCGACCAAUUAAAAAAGAGAUGAAGCAGGAUUCUGAGAAAAAAGAUCAGGAAAAGCAAGUACAGCUUGAAUGUGAAGAGUCUACAGAGGACAAAGGCCUGCUGCCUCUUCCUCCUGUGGAGACCAGUGAGACAACAAAUGCACAAAGGACUCCAGUUAAGCCAGAACCUGUUAAAGAAACUGUUCCAACGUCAUAUCCGACAGUCAUAUCACCAACUCAAAGCAAAAGUAGUCCAGGAAACAGAGACGCAGAAGAAGCUGCAAGACUGCUUGCAGAGAAAAGACGCUUGGCCAGAGAACAGAGAGAAAGGGAGGAACAAGAAAAGAAAGAAAAGGAAGAAGCAGAAAGACGUGCAAGAGAAGAGAUGACAAAGCGGAAAGCUGAGGAGAAAGCUCGCCGAGAAGAGGAGGCUCGUCUGCAGGAGGAAGAGAGGAAGCAAAAAGAGGAGGAACAGAGGCAAAUAGAAGAAGAACUGCAGCGCAAACUAGAUGAAGAAAAAGCUCAGAAGGAAAAAGAGAAAGAAGAGGAGGAAGCUCGCAUUAGAGAAGAGGCAGAAAGAUUACGACUAGAAAGGGAAAAGCAUUUUCAGAAAGAAGAACAAGAACGCCUUGAAAGGAAAAAGAGACUUGAAGAAAUUAUGAAAAGAACCAGGCGAUCAGAUACUUCUGAUAAGAAGUCUGCUGCUCAGAGAAACGGUGAAAUAUCCACUCCCACCAAAACAGAAGAAACAGAAAGAGAAGAUUCCUCUUCAGUACCAGAGCAGCAAUAUCCCACAGAAAGAGAGGCAUUUUCCUCACCAGAUGGAGAACUAGCAUUGCAGCAAACUAGAAGCAAUGGAGAGAUUACACUGCAUCGAACUACAGAAAAUCCAGAAACAUACGAAAGUACUGCCAACACAGAACAACCAAAAGAGAAUGGAGUUUCUAUGCAGAUGGACAGUUUUGAAGAAAUUAUCACUCUGCCUGUUGAAACCAAAGCAUCCAAACUGGAUGUUGUUCAUAUGGAUGAAAAUAGUAGUAAUGAGAUUCCGGUAAAUCCUGUUAUCGCUUUUGAAGACCAUAGUUCGUUGGGGUCAGUAUCUCAAGUUGAUAUUGUACAGCCACAACAGACAACAGAAGUCAUCUGAAAUACAUUCGGAAGAACUGAGAGUGGAACAAUCGCAUCUUUCCAGCAGACAGAGUUCUUUCCGUGGCAUGAAGGAGUUAUUUGAAGUUUUUUUAACAUUUACUUUGGAUCAGAACUUUUAAAAGGACAACAGUUACAACAAACUGCAACAAAAAGUGAUAGAAAUAGAACGGAGUCUGUUUCUAGCUAAUAACUUUCACCACUUGAUUAAUCACGCUUGUGUGUGCUUUUAUGUUAAAUGGCUUUUCCAACAUGCUCCUUCAGCCAGCUGGCAUUCCCUGUGCUCUUCAAGAUUUGAGAGAUCUGAUAAAGUGCACCAGCAAGGGGGUGGACUGGGGAUAUAACUGACAUGGGUGUUAAAAUAAAAAGUUACAACUGAAAAUUAUCCUGAAAACUCUCACAGAGUUUGUCUAAUACUUGAACAGGCCUCAUUGCUUUACAAGUAAAAGCCACUGAGGUACUAAUGUUAAACCUCUGGGGUUUAAAUAUUGUAUAUUGACUGGAAACUCUUAUAAGAGCAAGGACCAGGAAUGUCUGUAUAGUAUUCCUUUUGUGGAAACCCUACAUGGGCAUUUUAUAGAUUUCAUGCAUUGCUGGAUUCUUCAUACAUAUUUUUAAAACAGGUACUAAUGUGAAGAAAAAUAUAUAUAUAUAGAUAUAUAUAUAUAUAAUGAAAUGACAGCAAAUAACCUGUUGUCCUUGAAAUUAUCUGUGAGAAUAUUGUCAUAAUAAUUUAAUUUGCUUAUUAAAUUAAGAAGCUUGUGGUACUAACUACUUCCUUAGUACUGAUAACUCAAUCUGUAAGUUGCAUUCAUAUCCAUGGUCUGAUAAACUGCAAACCAAAUCCGACGUGUAAUUAAUUGUUGCUGCUAUAAUUAACACUGGAACUCUAAGAUUUGCUUUAUCAGAUCAUGUGAGUGAGUGAAAGCUGGAAGAAGUUUGAAAGGUUGCUCGUUCCAGAGCAGAGAGAAAAAUAAUGUGCUUCAUAUCUGAAUCUCCAUUUCUAAAAUAUUAUAUUUUCCACAUAGUUUUAAAGAUUUUAACUUGCAUAAUGUUCUCUUAACUUUGAAAUGCUACAUUGAUUAGCAUUCACUGUACCUGUUUUAAUUAUUGCUGCUACCAAGUGUGGCUGUAAAAUUAAAACGUUUCAUUAUUUAAUUUAGUCAGUACUCUUGUCAGUGAGAGGGUACUGAGACUGCAGAGUCUGCUUGGUGAGACAGAUGUCACUGUUAUCUAACAAUGACAUUUGUGAAUGAUUAGUAAAGUCAUUAAACUGCUAGUUCAAGCCCUGCAUUGUCUAGCACAAGAACAGGGGCAGUUUUUAAAAGUUUAUAAGUAAUGUUUUACCUCUGAUUGAGUUUAUGGUACAAAUAAAAGCCAUUUUACUUGGUGCAUUAAAGUAAUAUGUGAUGCCGCUCCUUCAAUUGGGUUCCUUUGUGUUCUCUUAAAGACAUGUCCAUAUAUGCAGAUGUUAGUAUAAAUAUGUCCAACUUCCAGUAGUUCUUUUAAAUUGUAUAGCAUGUAAAGAAAAUAAAUAUUCUGUUUAACAUG